AUGGGCAGUAGUAGGUCCAUGUACGGUGGUGCCGGUGGCAGACAGGUCCGGAUCUCCAGCGGUGGCUCCUCCAUGUCCAUGUACAGCAGCGGAGGUGGUGGAAGUGGUGGAGCUGGCUAUGGCUUCAGCUUUGGUGGAGGUGCAGGUGCAAGUGCAGGGAUCAGAGUGGGCGGUGGCGGUGAGAUGGACAUCUCCGCCAACGAGAAGUCCACCAUGCAGAACCUGAACGACCGCCUGUCCUCCUACCUGGAGAAGGUCCACAAGCUGGAGUCGGCCAACGGCGACCUGGAGCUAAAGAUCAGACAGUUCCUGGAGAACAAGGUUUCCCCCACCGCCAGAGACUACAGCGCCUUCUACGCCACCAUCGUAGAGCUGCAGGGAAAGAUCCAGGACACUACCAAAGUCAACGCUGGCACCUACCUCUGCAUCGACAACGCCAAGCUGGCCGCUGACGACUUCAGGGUCAAGUUCGAUAACGAGCUGGCCAUGCGUCAGUCGGUGGAGGCCGACUGUGGCGGGCUGAGGAGAGUCCUGGACGAGCUGACUCUGGCCAGGACCGACCUGGAGAUGCAGAUCGAAGGGCUGAGGGAGGAACUGAUCUACCUCAAGAAGAACCACGAGGAGGACCUGCUGGCUCUGCGAGCUCAGAUGAACAGUGAGGUCCACGUGGAGGUGGACGCCGCUCCUCAGCAGGACCUCACCAAAGUCAUGGAGGAGAUCAGAGAGCACUACGAGGGUGUCGCCACCAAGAACCGCAGAGACCUGGAGUCCUGGUUCCAGACAAAGACAGAAAUACUAAGCAAAGAAGUGGUUGCCAACACAGAAACCCUCCAGAUGUCCAGUUCAGAGAUCGUAGAGCGCAAACGGUCGCUGCAGGUCCUGGAAAUCGAGCUGCAGUCCCAGCUCAGCAUGAGAGCGGGGUCGGAGGCCACCCUAGCCGAAACUCAGAACCGGUACGCCGUGCAGCUGUCGGGUUACCAGAACCAGGUGGGCAGUCUGGAGGAGCAGCUGAUGCAGCUGAGGGCCGACCUGGAGCGUCAGGGACACGAGUACCAGAUUCUGCUGGACAUCAAGACCAGACUGGAGAUGGAGAUCGCCGAGUACAGGAGGCUGCUGGACGGAGAGUGCAGGUGA